AAUCACAAAGAAUCAUUGAUCAUAUCAGCUGCUAGUCUAUUUACCACACGUUGCUUUUUUCUGCACACACCCAGUCACAUUGCCAACCAACGCAUCCAGAUUAUUAAUAGUUGAAAAUAAGCUUUUAAUGAACAACCAGGGUUACUGAAACCUGAGGCAUAGGGCAUUAUUUCUUCAUCAUUGGUAACUGAAUACGAUCGUGUGGAGACUGUGGACUCUGUAGACUAUCAGCUGGACAGGCACGAGUCUGAUUUAGAACGGAGGCCGUUGAGGUAAGGAGGAGGCUGCAUAUUCCUGACGCUAAAGGGACAAGAGCUGACCUCCACCUCACCUGGCCGCUCGCCCCCCUCCCCCCACAAAGGGACGCCCACUGGCCGAGCACAAGCUGAAGAGGAGGACGAGAAAGAGACUCUGCCAGACUGUGCCCUGCGCCUCACCAGAAGAGGUCCUGCCUCAGAGCUCCUCUCCCAGACUGGUUGGGAUGCUCCAGUUGUGUUUUGACACCUUUCUCUUUAGUUUUUUUUUACUCAUCCUCACUGGAGUGAGAGAGUGAAGACCUUUUGAAGACCCAGAGCUUUUUGCUGUGGGAGCACCUUUACUUGGAGUAGCUGCUAAUAGCCUGAGACCUACAGUCUUGCUUUGUCUUUCCCUGUCUGUGGUGUUUGUGGUGUGUGUGUGAGAGUGCUUGUGGGUUGGCAUCGGUGAGAGCCAUCUCCCUUCCCUCCGCCAGGAUGUCUGCAGUUCAGCUGCUGCUGGUCCCGCUGGCACUGUGGGCUUUGCAAGCGUCUUUGUGCCAUGGAGCGUGUGUGGAGGUGGACUCUGACACUGACGCGGUGGUCAACGAAGGCUUUAAGCUGGGUUGUAUCUCCUGUAAAAUGAGGGGCGAGGUGCCCGCCGAGGCCACUGUUGAAUGGUCCUUCAUGCCCCAAGGGGAGAGCGAGUUCACAAAAAUCUACAGCUACGAGGAUCUAAGGAGCGACAUCCCGGACGAGCGCUUCUACGCGCGUCUGUACUGGAAUGGCAGCAAGAAGACCAAGGACCUGCAGGACGGCUCCAUCUACAUCCUGAACGUGACGUGGAACGACACGGGCACCUACCGCUGCUCCUUCAACCGCAUCCUCACCUUCCGCUCCUACGAGUUCCAAACCAACGCCACCAAGAUCGUCCACCUCAACGUGGUGCCAAGAUUGACCAGGGGGUUAGCGUCCAUCUUGUCUGAGGUGAUGAUGUAUGUCACCAUCAUUGGGCUGCAGGUAUGGCUGGUGGUGGAGAUGAUUUACUGCUACAGGAAGAUAUCAGCACAAGGCGAGGAAGCAUUGAGAGAGAGCGCGGAGGAGUACUUAGCUAUAGCUUCGGAGAGUAAAGAGAACUGUGCAAUGGUGGCAGUGGCAGAAUAGCACUGGUUAAAGAAUGGCUCCAAAUGACGAAUAGCUCUCGAUAGCCCUUCAACACUUCUCCACUUCACCCCUUCUUCCGACUUCCAUUAUGACACCAUCUCAUUACCCCAUCCUCCCCCAUCUAGGAGGACAAGCAGCCGAGAAGAGGAGAGGAACAUUCCAUCAAGGAAGACGUCAAGGACCAUGGAGGAACACAUAACAUUCAUUGAUAGUGCAAGAUGUUUUUUUUUUCAUUUCCAGAGAACAGACGGAUGAGAAGUGAAACAGCCAAUGAAAAAGGACUUUACUGUAGUUAAAUGCAAAUAUACAGCAUGGGUGUACUAUCUAGCAGUACUAUAAUAUCAAAGAGAGUUGUAUAUACAGUAUGUAUGCUUAAUUAUACAAUCCAAAUCUUCAUUAUAAUGUAUGAGUAUUACAAUAAGUUAGUUCAUACAUAGUAUUGUACAUUCAGUAUAGCUGCACGUUUAGAGAUACAUCAUAAACUAUUGGCAUUAAAAAUGUUUCUAAAGGUCAUUUUCAUGAUUCUAAAGUGUGCUUGUAUCAAAGCAAUUAGCGGUCAGAACUCAACUGCAAUCUUGCCAAAUGGCUUUAGUAGAUUAUGCUCAAAUCCAGCCU